GGUGCUCGCUCCGGCCCGCCCACAGCCCGGCUGCUGCCGGGGCCGGGACCGCGGGCGGCCCUGGGGGCGCUGGGCCCCGCCGCGCUGCCCUCGGCCUUGCUGCGGGCACACCGUCACGGGCAGGGCCCGGGCCCCUCUCCGCCUGCCGGGCCCGGUGCUGCGGGCACGGCCUGGUCGUGUUUCCUGAGGGCGCGCCAGUUCGCUGCGUGCGCGUUUGUUUAAAUAAAGGUGAACGUUAAAUGUGAAUGCACGGCUUGGUUCGGCAUGGUGCUGUGAAUGGUAAAGCAAAUUGAAAAACGAGAUUCUGUUUUAACAUCAAAAAACCAAAUUGACCGACUGACCCGACCUGGAUCUUCGUAUUUCAACUUGAACCCUUUUGAGGUGCUGCAGAUGGAUCCUGAAGCCACAGAUGAGGAGAUAAAGAAAAGAUUCCGACAGCUGUCAAUAUUGGUGCACCCAGACAAAAACCAAGAUGAUGCAGAUAGAGCCCAGAAGGCGUUUGAAGCUGUAGAUAAAGCUUACAAGCUGCUGCUAGAUCAGGAGCAAAAGAAGAGAGCCUUGGAUGUGAUACAGGCAGGAAAAGAAUAUGUGGAACACACUGUGAAGGAAAAAAAGAAGCAGCUGAAGAAGGAUGGAAAACCUCCCACUGUAGAGGAGGAUGAUCCUGAAGUUUUCAAACAAGCUGUGUACAAACAGACAAUGAAGCUCUUUGCUGAACUGGAAAUUAAGAGGAAAGAAAGAGAAGCAAAAGAAAUGCAUGAAAGGAAGAGGCAGAGGGAAGAGGAAAUUGAAGCACAAGAGAAAGCCAAACGAGAACGAGAAUGGCAGAAGAACUUUGAGGAAAGUCGGGAUGGUCGUGUUGACAGUUGGAGAAAUUUCCAGGCAAAUACAAAGGGGAAGAAAGAAAAGAAAAACAGGACCUUCCUGAGACCUCCCAAAGUAAAAAUGGAGCAGCGUGAAUGAUCCUGGAAGCACUGCCCAAGUGCAGCUCCUCAGUCCCUUCUCUGCUUUUAAGGACUCAUUGGCACCUAGAGUAAGAUUUGCUUUUUAGUAGACUGUUUGUUUCCAGUACAAUUAAUUAUCAGUCGAAGUAUUUUUUGUACUCUGUCUGUUUGAAAUAGGGCCAGAGAAUGACCCCGGCCAGGGCCCCGCUACACGUAGAACUCUUGGCUUAGGAGAGUCCCUGCCAUUCCUGCUGUCCCGUGUGUCUGCUGCCCUGUAACUCGGUGUUUUGUACUUCACAGACUGUGCUGUUUCACCACUUCUGUUUCUAGUUUGAGAGCUGAACUCCAAAAUACUGGAGAUGCAUCCAAACCCUUCCAGGCACCAUCUUUCUCAGCAAGUUCAGCCUGGGAAGGAUCUGGACUGACUCUGGGAAUAUGCUUCCAGCACUGUGCAGUGCAGCUGGCCUGCAGUUAAGUCCUGCAGCUCCUCACUGCAUUGAGUGGUGCUUGGAAGGAACCUGCCCCCAAGAUCUGAUUUCCAAACUGAAAUCCCAGCUCUCAGGCUUAGACUUCUGUUAAUCUCAGACCAGCUGGUCACUUCCUAUAAGGGAAAAUAACUUCUCUUGAUUAAUAGUUAAGCUGCAAUGGUCUGUAUGUAAAAUAAAUUUUUACCCAAA